GACAACGAUUCAAAAUUUAAACUUGGUGCCCUCAACUUUUAUGUUCUCAAUGGGUUUAGAUUUUAAUAUUUCUUGAAAUUCAGUGAUUUUUCACAUAUAAAUCUCUAUACUCAAUACAAAAAGGCCAGAUUCGAACUGUUGAUUAUAUAUUGCAUCCACCUCUCUCUAGCAACGUUGGAUCAAUUGGCAAUAGCAUGCCGGCAUUGGCCCUGAGUGUGUACAAUGUUUGGUAGUUCAAGUGCCAAAGGAGGAAUUUCCUCACUCCUGAGAAGCAGGAGAGUACCCAAGGCCAAGAAGCGAACACUUGUGGUCGGUCUCAAAUCCGACAAUAGCAGCAGAGAAAUGCUGCUUCGUUUGCUCACUUCAGUGGUAAUGCCCGGAGACUAUGUUCUGGCUGUUCAUGUACAACAACCUAAUGAUAUUUUUGAUCCAAAUACUUUUCACAGGCAUGAGGAUAUCUGCAAAUCCAAGCAGGUGGAUUUUCACAUCAAGGUUUGUGUAGGAGAGUCGUAUAUAAGUGAGCUGAGUAAUCAAGUACGUAUAAACUUUGCCACAAUGCUUGCCGUUGGAUGCAGCAGCCCCUGUGAUAAGAUUGUUGGCAAACUUUUGAAAGAAUUGCCUCCUACUUGCUUACUUCUUGUAAUGGAUAAGGGAGGAAAAGUCCUACUCCAGAAGCCGGGGACUUCACAAGAAGGCGCUCCAAUUAAAGUUCUACAUUCAUCUGAGCCCUCAUUGUCAGCUUCCAGCGGCUCUACAGAGUCGAGAAAUAAGUAUCUGAUUCAAAAAUCUUUGUCAAUGCCGUGUUCCUCAACAUCAACGUCAUCACAGCCGACUGAAAAUGCAACUUUUCCUAGGACCAGGAAGUAUUUGCAGCACAAAAAUACUGCAGCUAAGAAUCUGUUUCAGAGGUUAGCUUAUUUAGAGAUGAUUUGCUGCACCAGACGCUUCACAAUUGAUGAACUUAGAUGUGCAACAGAUAACUUCAGUCCCAAUCUGUUGACUGGAGAGGGUGGUCAUAGUAGAGUCUAUCGAGCCAAUCUCGACAACGGGCAGGUUGCAGCAGUGAAAGUCCUUAAAAACACACAAUAUUCCGAAGAUGAUCUGUUCGGGGAAGUUGAAAUAUUGAGCAAUCUGAAACACGAGAACAUAAUUCAGCUUGUCGGUUACUGUUACAGUAAGGAUAUGGAAGCAAUCGUGUAUAAUCUACUGAAGGACAGUUUAAAGCAAAGGCUAAAACAGCUUAAUUGGAACACAAGGAUGCAAGUUGCUAUAGGAGUGGCAAGGGGAUUAGAAUACCUCCAUUCUCAAACCCCUCCCAUCAUUCACAGAGAUGUGAAAUCAUCAAACAUUCUCUUAUCUGGCGAUUGCCACCCACAACUAUCAGAUUUUGGAGCAGCAAUAGUACACCAGCAAACUCAGCAAGAUUCAGCUUUUGUGAAACCAGUUCACGUUGUUGGGACAUUUGGAUACCUGGCGCCUGAGUACAUUAUGUAUGGCAAAGUUGAUGAAAAGAUAGAUGUAUACUCUUACGGGGUAGUCCUGUUGGAAUUGAUCACAGGGAAAGAGGCCAUCCAAACAGACCUGGAAUCUCAUCAUGAAAGCUUAGUGCUGUGGGCGAGGUCUAUACUCAGUUGUGGUCUUUGUGAUCUUCUUGUUGAUCCUGACUUAAGUGGGAACUACAACAAAGAUGAGAUGAAAACAAUGAUACUUGCAGCACGGCUCUGCCUCUUGCAUUCAUCUUCAAGGAGGCCAACAAUGAAAACAAUUCUGCGUUUAUUUGAGGAGCCAGAGCACUGGUUAGAACUGCAGAGAAAGAGAGAAGAGCUUCUGGAUGGAAUUGGUUUGAAAGAUGAAAGUUGCUUGUGCAGAUGCUACGCAUCAGAUUCUGAUGAGACCAUGUUGAUAGAGGAUAGCUAAUCACAUAUUCUUGAGUUUCCCAUGAUAUAUUGGAAUGUCUAUACUGUGUUUUUGUUGUUCGCCAAUACCACGAUUCGCUCUCAACCCGGUCACUAAAUAUAAAGAAAGAAAAGAGAAUUAAAUAAACCAUUUCUCUAGGAGAUUGUAUUCUAUGUCAAAGUGAUAUUUGAGUACCAAUGGAAAUGUCAUUAUGCUGUCAAA